AUGGAGGAUAGAAUUGAAAAUUUAAAUGAAGAUGAAAUUAGUGGAGAUUUUUCGAGUAUUCUCAAAGAGUUUCUUGUUUUUGAUAAUGAUGAAUCUAAUGCUAGCAAUAAACAGCAAGAAUUACAGCAAAAAACAAAUAAUAAUAAAAUUGCAAUUCCUGGGAAAGGUAGAAUUAAAUAA